CGGGGGCUGUGGCGGAGCCCUCAGGCCGCUCCGCCGUGGGCCGUCUCCGCGACGGGGUGUGGGGCGCGGAGCCGGUGCCCGCCUCCUCCUCCUCUUCGACGGGAGGGAUUUGAAGAUGUCUAAAAAGAAGAUGAAGAAAUUAACUAGAAAGGAAGACUGUUUGGAUGGCCAGGAUGACAAAAACUCUGAAGACCCAAGAUCUUAUACGCAUACUAUGAAAGGAGAGACAGAAUUUCACAGAGUCAAAAUAGAGAAAGAUGGGCAAGAAAAGAAGCAAGACCAAAGUUCUAAUAUUUCUCACGGCGCUGAUGGAAGAUCUCGAGGAAAAUCUCCAAAUGGAAGCAGAUCCACAGCCAAUUCUUUAAUCCAAACUGAAAAGCAAAAGAGAAUAGUUAUCGAAUUUAAAGCCAAAGAAAUUAAACAUGGAAAAAGUACACGGACUCCUGAUACAGUGAGUACUAGCAAGGAAAGUUAUAACAAAAGUCGUUUCGAUGGAACAGAAGGAAAAAGACUCUGGCAUAGCUUUGCAGUUCAGAGGCACAAGGCGUUGAAGAAGAAGACAGAGAAAGCUGAACUCUGCAAAUUAAAGUUAAAAGCAGAACAAACUAUGUUGGAAAAAUUUAAGUCAUCUGCGUACAAUUCACACGUACCACAUAAAAAGGCAGAUGGAUCAAAAAAAUGGAGUGAAGAUGUCAGAAUUCCAAAAGAGCCAUCUGACACCUCUACCGGGACUGUGCAUGAUGAUAGGCCUUUCGCUAAGAAGCCAAAUACACCAUCUAGGUCUUGGGAAGAAGAGUAUGAAGAAGAACAUAAGAAAUUUUCUAAGAAAAAACGACAUGUGAAUAAACAUACACCAUCACACUAUUCAACUGAAACACCACAACAGUGGGACUCUUGUAAACGGAAAAAACAGUAUGCUGGUCCUGAUGAAGCUACUGAUAGUUCAGGGACUAAAGAAAGAGACUUUGAAGCCACAGCAUCAUGUUUUAAACAGAAUUUUGAGGUCCCGUGCACAUCUGAUUCUUACCGAGAAGGUGAGGACAUAGAGUCUGUCCAAAAGAGAUUUGAAGUCUUUCCACCCGUUCAAAACAGUCAGAACCCAGAAGCAGACCAAGAGAUGCAGAUAGUUGAAGAUUUGCAUGUGGCUCGUGUUGAGAAGAAGAUGGGGCUGUCUGUCAUACAGACUUGUGGAGAACUUACAAGUAUGGAAAUAGAUCUGCCAGAACAGGAUUUAAAUAUUGCUGCUGACACUUUUACUUCUGGUCUGAACAUAUUAGUGGUGAUUGACACAAAUAUAAUGAUUAGUCACCUUGAGUUUGUCAGAUCCCUGAAAUCUGAGGAUAUACCAGGUGUUGGCAGACUUGCAUUAAUAAUUCCCUGGGUUGUUCUACAAGAGUUGGACAACUUGAAGAAGGGGAAAAUGUUGCAGCAUGUUCGGGACAAAGCUAUCCCUGCAGUCCAGUUCAUCUACACGUGUCUCAAAAACCAAGAUUCAAAAUUGUGGGGGCAAUCCAUGCAGCUUGCUUCUCAAAAAAUAUAUGGCCUGAGUGUCGAGAACAAUGACGAUCGUGUUUUACAAUGUUGUCUGCAGUAUCAGAACCUUUUUCCUCAAGCUGUUGUCAUACUCUGCACGGAUGAUAAAAAUUUAUGUAAUAAAGCCAUUGUGAGUGAGAUCAAGGCAUUCUGCAAAGCUGAUUUGGUUACUGCUCUACAGAAUCUGAACGUAAACAGGCACCAGAACUGUGAUGAACUGCAACAGUCAAAGUGUGAUACAGAAUUCAAGAAAACAGAAGGAAGUGAUGCUAGUUUUACUGCGCAAUUCCCAAAUAUACUUCCAGAUCUUGAAAAGAAUUUAGGAGAAGCUUUAUCUUGUAUUUUGGAGACCGAAAUGAAAAUUGCAUUUGGAAACCUAUGGAUGGAGAUACUGUAUCUGAAGCCACCAUGGACAUUAGUAAACUUGCUGAAGUGUUAUAAAAAACACUGGAUGGCUGUGUUUGGUUAUGUUGUGCCAAGGAGUUUACUUUCAACCAUUGAAUGUCUCGAUAAACACCUUUGUACAGGUAAACCGGUUGAUUCCUCAACAGUGCGUAUCUUGCUCCAGGAAUCAAAAAAAUUACUCCAUGCUUUCAGUUCAAGGUCAGAUUAUAAUGGUGUACUUCCCCAGGCUUAUGCUGAAGUGAACAAGCUAUACCAAACAUUUACAGAGGUGAGGUCAGACAGUGAGCAGGAUUUAUCAGAAGACAUCAUGGUUCUUUCAGAAAAUGCUGCAUGUGAAAAAAUGGAAGCAACGACACCAAAUGUGGAAAACACUGAAGAAAAAACAUUACAUCCAAGCUUUCACGUGACUCAAGAAAACAGGCACCAGGAGAUCUGGUCAGUCCUUGAAGGUGUAUGGAAUACAAUAAACUUGUACAGUAUUGAAAUUUUCCAAAAGUUGGACCCCAACACAGCAACUAUGACUGCAAAAUCUUCGUUUGAAGAAGCAUUUUUAGGUCUGCAGAAACUGUUGGCAGCUGUGAAUGAUAUUCGUGAAGGAAUUAGUAGAAUUUUGACCCCAACCAGUAGUUUCCAAGAUAUUUGGACCCUCUAUAACUUCCUCAUAAGCAACGAGAUAAAUAACAGUAUAAAAUUCACUGCUGAGGAGCUUUAUGAGUGUGUUUCACAAGAGAUAUAUCGGGAGCGGUUGGAAGUCGGGUGUUGCCAGCUGGCGCAGCUGGCGCAGGCGCUGGCGCAGGGCCGCGCCUCCCUCCAGGCGGGCGCCAGGAGCCGGGGCUGGCUGUGAGGCCGGCGCUGCUCCCGGGGGGCGGGCGAGGGGGACGCUCGAGGAGCCGAGCUGCUGCCUUCUUCCUCUCGAUGGUGCUGCUUGGGUUGAAGGAAAAAACCAAACAACCCAACCCAACCCAACUAGUUCCACACGCACGUGAAAUGUCAGAAUUUCCGCCGAGGAGAGGAAGCUGAGGGAAUUUCGUGUCUCGGGUGAGACACAACUCCGCCUGCUCGUGGUCGCGUGGGAGAAUCCACGUCAGGCCUUUGUUUUGCUGAUACUUCAGGGGUUUUGCCCUCUUGUCACUUCGGUUGUGACACCCCUGGGCUGGAAGGAAAGCGGCUGAACGCGCAGCCCGAUGCUCCCCCUGCAGACACGAAGGACUGGAAGGCGUAUAGUGAUGAACGGUAUCAGGCUUCAGGGACGCUACGGAAUGGGGAAAGAAGGGGGAGUCUUUGAAAACCAAAACACAACUCCUCCCCCCGGACCUCUUUUCAGGGAAGAGGGAGGUUUUGCCUUUGUUCAAAUAAUUAAUCCUUGUACAGCAGCACCUGCUCGGAAAACUCUGCUGCCUCAGUGGGGGCUGCCCCACCUCUGCUCUCCCCCCUGCCCAGCUCUUGCUGCCCCCCCACCCCACCCCCCGGGGUUGUUUUUCCAAAACUGCUUUAAGCCACUUUGUAAAAGCCACCCUCAGUGCUGCUGUGGCCUUUAAAGCUACCUCUUCCUUGUAUGUAUUUGUACAGAGCCGAGAAGACCGGCGAAGUUCUAGAAGUGUUUAUUUUGAUACUAACUUCCAGAUGUGCAUUUGUAAGAUCUUUAUUGUAAAAAUAUAAUUUAUUGUUACAGUAAA